AUGACUGAUUUCUCGAGAUAUAGGUUGCCUAGUGUUGCAGGUUACAAACUGGUCAAACAGAUCGGUGGCGGCGGCUUUUCUAUUGUCUACCAAGCCGUCAACGUCGAUCUAGGCAGGGUUGCGGCAUGCAAGGUCAUCGCCAUCACUCCGGAAACGGACGAGGCCCAGCUCAAGGCGAUCGAAAAGGAGAUUCGCGUCCAGAGCGCUCUCAAGCAUCCAAACAUUCUUGAGCUCAUUGGCGCUGCAAAGCUCACUCCAGACCGUGCUGUCAUAUCUGGCCACUUCCCGGCGUCGUAUAUUCUCCUGGAGAUGGCCGCAGGAGGCGAUCUAUUUGACAAGAUCGCACCGGAUGAGGGCAUCGACGAAGACACAGCUCACUUCUACUUUUGCCAGCUGAUCGAUGGCUUGCGAUAUCUCCACACGGAAGGCGUGUGUCACCGAGACAUGAAGCCCGAAAAUCUACUACUGGACGGGUCAGGAACGCUGAAGAUCUCUGACUUCGGCUUGGCAGCGGUCUAUAAGCUCAAAGAGACUGGCCAGUCGCGGAUGCUCAGUGAACGAUGCGGGAGCCUCCCCUAUCUCGCGCCAGAGAUGAAAGGGAACAAACCGUACGCGGCAGAGCCCAUAGACGUGUGGGGCGGUGGCGUGAUUCUCUUCACAAUGAUUUCAGGCAACACGCCUUGGGACGAGCCCACAAGAGGCAGCCAUGAAUUCGUGCAGUACCUCACGGGCGAGUGCUUCAACGACGAGCCUUGGACAAGCUUUUCCGAAAACUUGCUUUCACUCAUCACUGGUAUGCUUGACGUCGAGGCCACCACCCGGAUGACGCUGCAAGACGUCGCAUGCCACCCCUGGGUAACACGGCCCAGUCAGCUUGCAGGACGCGGCGCCUACGCGAUCGCGCAGAGCCUCACCGCGAGGCUGCGCGCGAACGGCGACAUGGGCAUCGCAGACCCGCAGAUGGGCGGCAAAGACGCGAUGGAUACGGACGAGGACGGGGACUAUAUCAUGCAGAACCAACGCUCGCAGUUCACCCAGUCUCUCAUGUUCUUCACCCAAACGCAGCCCGGGACACGGUUCCGCUACACGCCGCACCUCACGCGCUUCUUCGCCGCGCUCGCGCCCCACGCGUUGCUCCCGCUCCUGCAAGAGGCGCUCACUUCGUUCGGCGCGAAGUACAACCCGCCGCGCGAGUGCCCGCCUGGGGAGCCGGACUUGCCCGCCGUCCGCAUGCGCAUCGGCGGGCGGGACCGCAGGAAGCUGCACAUGAAGGGCUACCUCGAGAUCGACCCGUUCCAGAAAGGGGAGUACAAGGGGAGCUUUGUUGUGCUCGCGCGCGAUGUGGGCAACCCGCUGGAGUGGCGCGCAUUCUGGAAGGAGCUCGUCAAGCAUCCGCUCAUCCAUCCGCAUGUGUACAAGAGGUUUGACUAAAGGCGGGCGUUCUAUGCCGAUACUCUCGUUUUCUUGAAAUACGCACUAAAAACCAUGCCCCCUCUCACCCAAGCUACUUACCUCCCCAC